AUGAAUGACAACCCGCCUUCUAUCCCCAGUAAGACCAACGACCUCGUCAACUGUUUCCGAGACAAUUUGAAAACCAUGGACGGGCGCAUCGAUUAUCUGUCUGACAACUGCCAAGCUACCUUGGAACAAAGACGCGAGGUGAUGAGGAGCUUUCAUCACACCAUCCGCCACGACAAGGACCUCGAAAGGAUGUUAUCCUGGGCUCAUAAUGAAAAGACGGUCACAUCUGCGAAUUGCUGGGCGGUAUUGUUGACGAUGGAUUGGGACGAACUGGUCGCUUUCCAAUGUUUUAUGCGCUCUGGGGCUGCGAAAGAGAAAGGGGACAGGCUCAGCGCUUUCCUGAUGGCUGCCCGCAACGUGGGCGGAGUAAUGUGGUGGAUGAGUCAGACGGAUAGGUCAACAAAAGAGCUAGAUUUGGUGGGCAGCAAUCCGCAGAGGGAGGCGGCCCUAAGCCGAGACCGUUUCCGAUGUGUUCUUACCCACCAGAGUAGCUACGAGGAUUGCCAUGUGUUCCCAUUCUCCUCACUUUCGCGACGCUCGGAAAUCCAGGCCAACGUCGUCGAACCUCUCGGGGCCAUUCUGGGCAUAGAUCUUAAGCACAAACUGAUGGAAAUCCUGAAUCAGAACGCUUCGGAAGGCGAAAAGACGGCACCUGGUGACUUCGAUCUACUGGACUCCCCUGCAAACAUGAUCACUCUGAGCAGCUCGCUUCGCAAGAUGUGGAACAACAGGGUAUUUGGCCUCGAGCCUGUUCGCCAACGACAUGAAUAUGUGACUAUUCAAGAGCCCGUCGCUGAGGAGAAGCCUGGGACGGGGCCAUCUGCUGUGAAGAGAGGUGCCGAGGCAGCUGAAGACGAACCGCCGCAUAAAAAGGUCACCUCCAAAGGUGACAAGAGAGGCAAGGAGACCAAGCUUACCAGCAAGAAGAAGCUCAUGCAUGGGAUCGAACUUCGUUUUCAUUGGCUUCAGAAAACCAAAAUGGGAGGGUUUGACGACAGUCCUCCCACAAUGGAUGCAGACCCACGCCAGAUGUGGAAAUAUUGGGAUCACGAGAACGAGCUCGACGUCGCAGUUCCAUUGAAGAACGGCCACACCUUCACCAUCUGGUCCGAGGAUCCUCAGAAGGUCCCCAACUGGGAGCUUAUGACUUUCCAAUGGCUCCUGUUUAGACUGCAUCGAUUGUCUGGAGCCGCCAACGUCAAUCUUUACGCCCCUCGGGAGGAGCAAGAAAAAGACAAGGCCCUAGUUGCCAAAUUCAUCCAGGCGAGGCGUGAAGCAACAGAGAUGGUCGCAAAGAGGCUGGGAGUGGAUCCUGACAAGCUUUGGUCGGAUCCACGGGGUCCUUACUACUGUAUACCAGCCGACGACAACUAG